AUGCCAGAUGUCAGUGACAAUUCGAUAAUUAGAAAUAUUAAUAUUAAUAUGCAAGAUGCUUGUGACAAUUCGAUAACGAUUGAAAAAAGUAUUUAUAAGUUUGAAGGAUCAUAUUUAGAAGAAACACAUUCUGGUGGUAAUCUUAUUCGUGGGUUUGAUUGUUAUUAUAAAAAUAGUCAAGAUCAAAAUAAUAAGAUUGAAAUAAACGAAGAGGAUCGAUUAUUUUCAAAAUCAAGUGCUACUUAUGAAAAGAAGACAAAAAUUUAG